UUCUCCACUUUAUAUAUAUUUAUCACUGACACUCGUUUCUCCACAACGCAUCAACUCGAAACCUUUCCCAUUUCCUUACAACUCACCAACUUUUACACCCAAAAAAAGAAAAAAAAAUGGCUUGUGGGUUCAACUCAGUUACGGCUCUGUUAUGCCUUGUUUCAUUCUGGAUUUUCACUUUCAUUGCUGUGGAGUCAGCAGCACACCAAUCGGCACCUGCUCCAGCAGCAGAUUGCAACAACCUGAUACUCAACUUGGCCGACUGUUUGUCUUUCGUGACCAACGGCAGUACGGAGAAGAAACCAGCGGGUUCUUGUUGUUCUGGUCUAAAAAUGGUGUUGAAAACAGACGCUGAGUGUCUCUGUGAAGGAUUCAAGAACAGUGCUCAGUUGGGUGUUGCUCUUAAUAUCACAAAGGCCUUAUCUUUGCCUUCCGCUUGCCAUGUCUCUGCUCCUUCUGUUACCAAUUGUGGUUUGAGUAUUGGCUCUGGAGCUGCACCUGCUCUUUCCCCAACUACUGUAUCACCAAGCGCGACAGCAGGUGCACCAAGUACUGCUGCAGGGACAAACGUGGUUGCUCCAGCACCUGGAAGCUCCGGUUCAGCUUCACUUUGUCAAUCUUUUGGGCCGCUGGCUCUGACCAUAGGAGCUGCAUUUUUCUCUUUAUUCUAAGCAACAUUUUUCUGUAAUGUUUCUGGCGUAGAUGAGAUCUACACAGCAACUCGGGUUGGUUGUAAUUGGGCCCAAGAUUUCUUCUUUAAACAAGCAACUGAUGCUAGUGGCCUUGUUUAACCAUAAUUGCAUCCAAUUAUCGCAUGACAGCUCAAAGUCAACUUUAAUAAUAGCAUGUUUAGUCUGUUAGAGUAAUACUAGCUUUUCUUUAUUUGUGACAAUAUCAUAUUUUGAGAUUAAGUUUGA